AGCCCCUCGACCACAAAAAUCGAGCCCCACCGAGGAGCAAAGCAUUUCCGGGCCUCUGCGUUGGUCACAACGGACGCCGGCGACAACCACUGCUCCCCCGCUCAACGAAUCGCUUUACGCUUCACUGCCCCGAGCGUUCGUCUUGUUCAAGAUGAGCUAUCAGAACGGCAUGGCGCCUGCCCGCGCCCUCGACGACGACAGUGAUGUGGAGGAGGAGGCCCUCGUCGCCGACUACAAGGAGCAGGUCCAGUACUCGGAGGGCGGUUUGGAGGAACUCGACCCGGCGACGCUCGCUCAGCAAGCCGACGAAAUCCAGGCCCGGCUAGUUCAGGCUGCCCAACCGCUGGAUUUCCAGGCUACGCUCGAGACCAAGUUCCAGAGCUACGACAACUACUGCGCUCUGUUUCACUACAUCCUCAACUCUGACGGCCCGGUGGACCUCGAACCACCAUCGUAUUACUGGGCAUGGGAUGUGAUUGAUGAGUUCAUCUACCAAUUCAAUACAUUCUCCUCGUACCGGGCCCGGAUCGCGAGGCAAGGCAACAACGAGGAGGAGGCGCAGAUUCUGCGCGACAACCCCAACACGUGGGGCUGCUACAGCGUGCUCAAUGUGCUCUACUCCCUGAUCCAGAAGUCCCAGAUCACCGAGCAGCUCACAGCGAUGAGGCGGAACGAGGACCCCAUGGCCGUGGCUGGGCCCUACGGUUCCAAGAACCUCUAUCGCAUGCUGGGUUACUUCUCCAUCAUCGGCCUUCUCCGCGUGCACUGCCUUCUCGGCGACUUCAGCCUCGCGCUCAAGACGCUCGACGAUAUCGAGCUGAACAAGAAAGCCAUGUUCGCCCGCGUCAUGGCCGCUCACUUCACCACCUACUACUACGUCGGCUUCUCGUACAUGAUGAUGCGCCGCUACGCCGAUGCCAUUCGCAUGUUCAGCCACAUCCUGGUCUACGUCUCGCGGACCAAGAACUUCCAGAAGAACACGCAGUAUGACUCCAUCACGAAGAAGAACGACCAGAUGCUCGCCCUGAUUGCCAUUUGCGUCGCCUUCCACCCCACCCGCCUGGACGACACCAUCCACACCGCCCUGCGCGAGAAGUACGGCGAACAGCUGCUGAAGCUGCAGCGCGGCGGCCCUGAAUCGCUGCCCAUCUUUGAGGAACUCUUCAGGCUCGCCUGCCCCAAGUUCAUCUCGCCCGUGCCUCCCGACUUUGACAGGCCCGAGGCCAACAUCGAUCCCAUCGACCACCACCUGUCGGUCUUCAUGGAGGAGGUGAAGACCAACAUGUGGAGUCCGACUUUGAAGUCGUACCUGCGGCUCUACACCACCAUGGAUCUGAAGAAGCUGGCUGGGUUCCUCGACGUUAAGCCGGAGGAGCUCCGGUCGUGGCUGCUCGUCAACAAGCAGCGGACCAAGCAGCUGCGCUGGACCGACCACGGGCUAUUGGAGGGCGAACUUGUUAACAUCAGCGACCUUGACUACGCGCUGCAGGGUAUGGGCCGCAAGCUUGUUGAUUGGUAUCUGCGCAAUCUCUCUCGCACAUACGCAUAAAGGUUGCAGAGCAGACGACAAUGAGACAGCACAGACGCUAGCAGCAACACGGACGA